GGUAUCCCUUGACCAUCACUUCUCUCAGAUACGCGUCUCGAAUUUACAGUCGAGUCUCAGCCUCGUAUGACGGGCGUUUCGUUUUUAAUCAUUAUGCGUUUAGCCUGUUGAUUCUUCCUCAAACAUGUCCGAUUCCUCAGCACCGGCCUCGCCAGGGAUCAUCCACGAGUUCCCAAGAGACCGAAUCGAGCAGCAUCAGCAUCAGCAUCAACAUCAGCACCAGAAUGGAGGUGCUCCACAACCCCCUCUUUCAACGGUAUAUAUCCCGCCACAAUAUCUCCCGGGAGGGAGGAGAUCGCUCUCCGGAGUGGCCAGCAGAGCUUUCGGCCUCGGCAUCGCCUUGGGCGUCUCUGUGCUCCUGACCAUUGAACUGGCAUAUCUGGGUUACGGGUUAUGGAGGGCUCCAUGCUUCGUUGCGGUCCUGGCAUUGUUUCAUUAUUUCGAGUUCUACAUGACGGCGCGGUAUAACCCACCGGACGCGUCCAUCUCAUCCUUCCUACUGUUGUCUAACGGGAUCGCCUAUGCGGCCGCGCAUACUGCGGCGAUGCUGGAGCUAUUGCUCAGGUACUGGCUGUGUUCAGACUACAAGCCAGAAUGGCUGCAUCUGCCCUUCCACAUCCCUAGUCUAUUACCAACCGUGCCAUCGUCGGUAUCAGUUGGGCUAGGUCUGUUUUGUAUCUGUUUCGGCCAGCUCCUUAGAAGUGCUGCCAUGGUCAAGGCCAAGACGAACUUCAACCAUGUCGUUCAAUGGACCAAGAAGGCAGACCAUGUCUUGGUGACGGACGGGGUGUAUGCCUUCUCGAGACAUCCGUCGUACUUUGGGUUCUUCUGGUGGGGCCUGGGAACGCAGAUUUUGCUCGGCAACAAAAUCUGUUUUGUGGCAUAUGCGGUGGUUCUUUGGAAAUUCUUCAAUCGCCGAAUCAUGCAUGAAGAACGGCAUUUGGUCUCCUUCUUCGGCCAGGACUAUAUCGAUUACCGCAAACGUACGCCAGUUCGAAUUCCAUUCAUUCAAUGAGGUGUUGUUUUUCUCAGCCAUUGGUGGUCUUGACCUUGACUGGAAAGUAAGUGGGAUUAUGCGGUCGAUCGAGCCAGGGGACCUCGACUGUGGGAAUGGUAUCAGUCACGAAUCGCGAUAGUGUUUCUGUACCAGGGGCACCCGCUUCGACCCCUAGCACCCCAACCCGUGGUUGUUGUAGCGCCUGCGCAACUUUGGAUUCUGCCUGGGGGGACACUUCGAUCAAUCUGGCGCGGUUCGCUAACGGGGCGGAAGUAGCCACCAGCAGCGGCAAUGAAGAUGUCAUGAUGUCUGGGAGGUUACGGCGACAUACAAGCACCAGUGAAAGAUUUGAGAUCUGAUCUGGUGGCGGUGGGAGGGUAGUCACAGCUGGAAACACCUCAGGCUUCUGACCACGAGCCAGACCCUCUAGUCUGCGAACUGUACUGUUGAACCCAAUGGUCAGAUGCUCGUACAAUUCCGGUAUCGUCUCAUUCCCUUUUGUUUGUGUUUUUCCAGCUCUUCCUUGACCCUUUGAACGAGGGACAUUGUCUUGCUUGAAUGCACCGAUCGGUUGGAGCAGAGGAAGUAGUAGGCUUAGGAUCGCUUGUUCUUGGUCGGGAGUAAUUGCAGGCCUGGCCACCAUGUCAGCUGCAGUUUCUUCAUAGUGGCUACGUACAUACAUACCAUUCUGGGUCGGGAUAUGGCAGCGACAAAGCAUGCACGGG